CCAGCCCCAUGCAGUGCCCUAUUUCUCUCUCUCUCUCUCUCUCUCUCUCUCUCUCUCAUAUACUCUCUCUCUCUCAUAUACUCUCUCUCUUUCUCAUAUACUCUCUCUCUAUAGAGCCCCUUUCCUAAUCACAAGAGUGAGAUAUAAUUAAAAGUGCGAAGAGAAGUAGGGCUGAGUGGCACACAUACAAAUCAUGGGGAGGGGGAAGAUUGAGAUCAAGAGGAUCGAGAACACGACGAGUCGGCAGGUGACCUUCUGCAAGCGGCGCAACGGGCUGCUGAAGAAGGCCUACGAGCUCUCCGUCCUCUGCGACGCAGAGAUCGCCCUCGUCGUCUUCUCCGCCCGCGGCCGCCUCUACGAGUACUCAAACAACAGCGUAAGAUCGACAAUCGAGAGGUACAAGAAGGCCUGCUCCAACAAUUCAAACUCAAGUUCUGCUGUAGAGAUCAAUUCUCAUCAAUAUUAUCAGCAAGAAGCCGCAAAGCUACGCCACCAGAUACAAAUUCUACAGAAUGCAAACAGGCAUUUGAUGGGUGAGUCACUGAGUAAUCUCAGUGUUAAGGAGCUCAAGCAACUCGAGAACCGGCUUGAAAGAGGAAUCACGCGGAUUCGAUCAAAGAAGCAUGAACAGCUGUUUGCGGAGAUUGACUACAUGCAGAAAAGGGAAGCAGAUCUUCAAAAUGACAAUAUGUACCUCCGAGCUAAGAUAGCGGAGAGUGAGCGUGCCCAGCAAGCCAGUAUGGUCUCAGGAGGAGCGGAACUCGAUACUCUCCCGACGUUCGAUUCCAGAAACUAUUACCAUGUCAACAUGUUGGAGGCUGCUUCUCAUCACUAUUCACAACAUCAAGAUCAACCAACCCUGCAUCUUGGUUACGAAAUAAAAGCCAAUCAAGGUUCCAAGAAUUUGCUCUGAGCUAGUUAUUUUGCAUGUUAAUUGGCGUUCUACGCCAUAAACGGUUACGUCAGAAGACGAGUACUCGGUCGAUAUAUGUAGUGUGUGUAUGAGAACAACCACUUCAAUUAUUUCUCUGAACUCAGUUGUUUCUUGCUAUCAGAGAGCAAAAUUUCACA